GGAAGCGUCCUCUCGUUGGUUCGCGCGGCCGUCAUGGCGGCGGCCGCGGCACUGUGGCCGCGGACGGAGCCGCUGCUGUUGGGCGCGCUGCCCGUGCCGCCGCCCGCGCGCUUGGGCCCCCACUACCUGCGCAAGAUGGCGGCCUACGCGCGGGCGCGGGCGGCCGAGGGCUGUUACCCGCGGCUGAGCUGGCCGCGAUGGCGGCACAUCGCCUGCGGCAAGCUGCAGCUGGGCCGCGACCUGGCCUGGCUCUACUUCGAGCGCUUCCACGACCUCCUCCCGCCACCCGAUCCGCCCCGCCGCCUGCAGCGCGCCGAGGCUGAGGCGGCGUGUGGCAGCGCCGAGGAGCUGGAGCGGGAGCGCGGCAAGCUCUCCGUGGACACGCUGCGCUUCCUGCUCUUCCUCUAUGUGCAGCAGCUGAACAAGGCCUCUCUGCGAACGUCCCUCAUCGGCGAGGAGUGGCCCAGCCCCAGGGCCAGGGCUGCCGGGCUGCCGGGCAGGGCCGCGGGGCACAGCAAGAACUGGAAUGACCAGGACCACCUUGCCUUUGUGCUCACACACCUCUCAGACAUGCUGGAGCUGCUGCUGGAGCCAGAGCAGCUCGGUGCCUCCUCGCACGCCACCCACAACAGCUUGGUGUCCUACGAAGCCGUCUGUGCCCUCAGCUUCCUCAUCGAAGGCACUGUGAACAACUCAAGGACCAUCCAUCCUCUGCAUGAGCUUGCCCUCUGGCAGCCCUGCCAUGGGCAGAACGGCUACUCUAAGAUCUCCAAAACCUUCUCCUUCCCCAAACUAGAGAACUGGCUGCGCUCCUGCCUGAUAAUAAAUCCUUUUGGAAUGACUGCCUGCCUACGGUCUGGGAAGAAGCUUGCGUGGGCACAGCAAGUUGAAGGAACAACCAGGAGAGCAAAGAUUGCCUGUAACACUCGUGUGGUGCCUGAGGUGUCCCCUAUGGUGAUAAUGAGCCAGGUUUACAAACAGACACUGGCCAAGAGCUCGGACACCUUGGUGGGUGCUCAUGUCAGAAUUCAUCGCUGCAACGAGUCCUUCAUUUAUCUCCUCUCUCCUCUUUGCUCUGUGACCAUUGAGAAGUGCCAGAAUAGCACGUUUGUGCUUGGCCCUGUGGAGGCAUCUGUUCACGUCCACAGCUGUGACAAUAUCAAAGUCAUCACCGUUUGCCAUUGCUUGUCUCUUUCCUCCACCACUGGCUGUACUUUUCACAUUCUGACUCCUACCCAGCCCCUUAUCCUUGCGGGAAACCAAGCAAUCAGCUUUGCCCCUUUCCACACCCAUUACCCCAUGCUGGAAGACCACAUGGCUCAAGUGGGGCUGGCCACCGUGCCCAACUACUGGGACAGCCCCAUGCUGGUGUGCAAGGAGGGCAGUGAUGCCAGCGUCUUCCGCCUCCUGCCGCCCUUGGACUUCUACACCUUUGUGAUUCCUUUUGAGAUGGAAGGAGACACCACAGAGACACCAGGGGGGCUUCCCCAUGCCUAUCAGAAGGCAUUGAAUCAGCGAGAGCAGAAGGUGCAGAUCUGGCAGAAAAUGGUGAAGGAGGCGUGCCUGACCAAGGAUCAAAGGAAGCAGUUCCAGAUGCUGGUGGAAAGCAAGUUCUAUGAAUGGCUGAUUCAGACAGGGAACCGUCAGCAGCUGGAUAGCCUCGUCCCUCCUGCUGUGGGCUCCAAGCAGGCUGCAGGAUAGCAUCAUGUUCCUCUGCACCAGAAGGAAAGGAAGGAGUUGUGGGAACAGACAGCGCUGUCCUGAAAACGUUUCCCAUAAAGACUUUGCGGCUGUUCUGACUGCACGCGCUCGAUGUGGAUCUGAUGCCCAGCCUGUGUGUGGAUUUGGACAUCUCUCUGGUUUAGGAUUUGGACAUCUCUCUGGUUUAGGAUUUGGAAUAGCUGCUGCUUUCUCAGGAAUGUACUGUAACUGUUCUGUUGGUAAAUGAGAAGGAAGGUGCAUGCUGCUGGAGGAUGAUGAGGCAGUACAUGUGCCCCUUGCUGCAAGGAGGCUGGUGUCAUGGUUACCAUCUGUGGUAUCUGUGUGUGUGUCCAGCAAAGGAGCCUUUCCUGAUAUACAGCUGGCUGUCACAUGUGUCUUUAUUGUACAGGCCAGCUGCCCUGUUUUUAUAAAUGUGAAAAACAAAUGUUUGAUUGUUUAUGAAUGAAAUACUAUAGAUUUUUUUUAUUAAUAUGAAGACAGCACUUAAGCAGUGUGAUUUGGGUGGAAUUACCUUUCUUGUAUA